AUGAGAGAAGACACCAAACUCCCUGAUGACAGCACACUUCCUGCAAAUGUGAGGGCUGCUGUGGAAAAGGCAGAACCCCACCUGGCAGGGCUCAGCUCCCACAGUCCUGCACCCCGGACCCCGCGGUUUGGAAUUCCUUCUCAACGCCAGUCUUGGUGGGCACAGAUCAUGGCACACUACAGCAUGGUGGCAGUGGUGGCAGCGGGCUUUGUGCCGCCUCCCUUCUGGAUUGGCAGUAGCAGUGGUGGCAGUGGUGCCAUUGGCAGUGGGGCAGGACCGGUCACAGCUUCCCGCAUGUCUCUGCCGCUGUGGAUAAUCGCCCUCAUUGCGUUUGGAGUGUUGGCAAUUCUUGGAAUUACUAUUGGGCUCCUGGUUCAUUUUCUGGCAGGAGAAAAUAGAACUAACUAUUAUCGAGGAAGCUUUGAAGUGCUAGAUAUCUCAUAUAAUAAAAAUUAUGGAAGGGAGACAUCCCAAGAAAAUAACUACCUUAGUGAAAUCCUUGAAACUAAGAUGGUCGAUGCAUUUCAAAAUUCUGACAUUUACAGACAAUAUAUCAAUUCCCAAGUCAUCACACUGGUUCCUGAUGGCAACAGGGUGACAGCACACAUAUGGCUGGUGUUCAAGGAUUCCAGUUCAAGGACAGAAAACACAAAGAGAAGAAUCGAGAGCAUCUUACACCAGAUGUUGAGGAGCCAGUUGGGAUCCUUCACUGCAGACCCCGCAUCCCUUAGGCUCACAGAAAUCAGUAAAGAUGAUGCUGAAAAAAUUAUCAACAGCCGCUGUGGGAGGCGUGCAAGAAUGUCUGCGACCUACGACAGAAUCAAGGGCGGCUCCAACGCUCAGGAGGGAGAGUGGCCCUGGCAGGCCAGUCUCAAGAUGAACGGCAGACACUACUGUGGAGCCUCGUUGAUCAGUGAACUUUUCCUGGUGACUGCGGCUCACUGCUUUAGACAGACAAAUAACCCAAAAGACUUUACCGUUAGCUUUGGCACUCACGUAACUCCCCCCUAUAUGCAACAUGAUGUUCAAGAAAUUAUGAUUCAUGAAGGCUAUGUCAAAGGUGAACAUCACGAUGAUAUUGCAAUCAUUCGGCUCACUGAAAAAGUUGUAUUUAAAAAUGAUGUGCAUCGAGUUUGCCUUCCUGAAGCCACACAGACACUUCUGCCUGGAGAAGGAGUUGUUGUUACAGGAUGGGGAGCACUUUCCUAUGAUGGUAAAUUCCCAGUGUUACUUCAGAAGGCACCUGUGAAAAUCAUCGACACAAACACGUGUAAUUCUGAAGAAGCAUAUUAUGGGAUGAUACAGGAUACCAUGCUAUGUGCUGGCUACAUGGAGGGAAAUAUUGAUGCCUGUCAGGGUGACUCUGGAGGACCAUUAGUUCAUCCCAAUUCACGAAAUAUUUGGUACCUGGUUGGCAUUGUGAGCUGGGGAGAUGAAUGUGGCAAAAUCAAUAAGCCAGGCGUCUACACAAGAGUGACAGCCUACCGCAACUGGAUAGCUUCCAAGACUGGUGUCUAGGAGAAGCACCUUGUAAAACUAACACAGGUCAUCAUCUCUGGAACUCCUAAGCUAUACUUACUAUGUUUUUCUAAUUGGUGGGCUCAUUGGCUAUUUGAACGAAUUGCGGACCUGAGGAAAUGCUUGUGAACUUCUAUUUUAAGCAAACUAAACAAGACAAAAUAAGAAAUCUUACUCUUUUGGAUCCAGAAAGGCUUAAGCUGAGAAAGUACUUUCACCAAAAAUAAUGUUUAUAAUACUUUACUGCAUGACUCAUGCAUGUGUAGAACCUAUAAAUGGUUUAUGAGAACUGAUCUUACGACACAUGAUGAAAUGAACAAAUAUUUUGAAGAAAAAGAGACGCUAAAGUAUCCAGUACUGAUCCUGGAGUGUCAUAAUGUGAAACCUAGAAAUAGUAUUAUUCUUUGUUCAGAGCGAUAUUAGUCUGCUUGGGUUUGUUCAAUCUCAACAUAAUUGAAGAUAUGGAUAACUGCAUGUAUGUUUAAGUGUAUAGGAUUUAUAACCAUAUUUCUACAUUUUUGUUGGGUAGUUGAACAGAACUAGUUGCAGUCUCACUGUCUGAACCCCCACUUUAUAUGCUCCACUUUAAUAUCUUGAAUAACUAUUUGUAAGAGAACAAUCUGUAAUCAUCAACUAGUGAUUUCUUACCGUUUAUUUUUUCUUUGAAAGUAUGUAUAAUUUCUACCCAUUUUCUGUUUUGUUUAGUCUUCCUUUAAAUAAAAUUUUAAAAAAUAAUAUCUUAAAAAAUACUAUACUACAUGUUUUUUUUUUUUUUUUUUGGCUUUUUUGUUUUUACUGGUACCAGGGAUCGAACUCACGACUGCCUGCUUCAAAGGCAGGCACUUAUGCCACUGAGCUAAAUCCCCAGCCCCUUACUACAUGUAAUCCUAGUUCAUUUUAUGGUUAUCUGACCAUAGUACAAAGUUCAUGGUAUUUGUUACGACUCUGUGGAGUUAUGAGGGUGUAUUUCUGUCCAUAGUAAAAUAGCACACAGUGCAAUGAGAGACUGGAAUUAUGAGGCUGUGUUGGAGCACACAGUGUCUGCUUUCAUGUCAUAACUUUUGUGGAAGCUAUACGACGGUGAUAUAAACCUGGUCUAGAUGUGGGCAUUGAGUUCCCAUCUCUUAUUUGUACUGCCACUUUCAUCAGUUGUUGCAUAUUGUGAAGCAAUUUGACAGCAAAAUUAAACAAAACAAUACACUUCAAACUUACAAGGCACUAAGUACAACAAUCUGUUAAUAUUAGCAUAAGAUUUGGUGGAAAUUUCCUAUUUGUAAUAUAUUUUGAAAGCAUGGAAUGUGUAGACAAUGAAAAUGUGUAAUGUAUUUUAAACAAAACAAGUUAAUAGA